AACAAGGAGAUUCCGAUAUCUAGUCUCAGUUUGAAGACUCAUUUCCUUUGGUAUUCUUCAUUGCACUGAGACGAAUUUUGACGAAAAUAAUAUGACAAGCUAUCAACACGAUAUGAUAUGCCAGGAAUAGCCAAAAGUGAUUUCUUAUCAAAAUAUCAUUUUUGUCUGUAUACCAGUAAUCAAGACGUAUUUCUAGAAACAUUAAUUUCUGUUGGCCUUCAUAAACAUAUAGAAUGCACAGCUUAUCACAUAUUUGUCUUCAGUGUACCUAAUUUUUAUCUAAUUUCAUACUGUUAAUGAUUGAACUCGACAACUCAUCAAAGAAACGUCCUUGGGAAGAGAUAGCUGGUUUAGUAUCCCACUCUAAGCGCAAGAUUAAUGAUAGCACUUUUGCAGUGAAUAAUUCAGAUGGUUUGAUUUGCAUUAACUUGGAAAACGUGGGUUCGAUGGGUGUAAACUACACGCAAAACUAUUUCACUCCCUUGCAACCUAAUUAUAGCUUGACGUUCAAGGACUAUUCACCAGAACAAAGCAAAAUACUUCAUCCUAACUGCUUUUCGACGAACAUUGACUUUCUUAUCCACCCCAGUUCAACGAUGGAUUCACAGGGAAACAGGGAUGAACUAAGCACCCCCAUUACAAUAACGGGGUUCGAUAAUUCCUCGGGUGUGAGCGCCGAUUCCUAUUUAUCCAAUCAAAUGAAUGAUUUUUCACAUCAAAUUCCUUGUAAUAAUAAUCAUAUUAAUUCAUUUUAUACCUUUGAUAACUUUCAACAAAACAAUUUCAAUAAUCACUACCUUCAUAGUCAACAGAACCAAUCACAUUUGCAACAUACUGAUCAACAAUUAGGUCAGUUUCAUACUUCUGACCAUGAAAGUCAACUUUCGAACAGUAAUUCUACCAACUUCAGUAUUCAUGAUGAUGGUUAUAGUCUAUCGAAUCAACGAAAUGAAUCACUACCUGUAGUAUUUCAGGAGCCUACAUAUUUUCUGUCAAACACAAUGAUAAAUACAAUAUCAGAUACACAUUUAUCACAUUCUAUAUGUAUACAUCCUGAUGACCAACAAACACAGAGUAAAUAUCAAUCUGUAGUUUGGUUAAAUCAAGAUCCAUGUCAACAAAACUAUUGUCCAUCUGAUACCUUAAUGACAAUGCAAAAUACUGAAAGUUAUCCUUUGGUGAUUGGUGAUAGUAGUGAUAGAAUUAAUGAAUUAUCAUAUACUGAAACAACAAGUCGGCUGAAUAACAAUACGGACGUUGAUAUUGAUCAGAAUGAUGCUGCUAGUGUUGAUAGUAUCAUGAAACCUUCAAUGGAUCAACAUUCUUUAGACCAUUCAGAGAAUUCUCCUCAGUAUUAUCUGAACAUAACUUGACAUCGAAUGACUUAUCUGACAAUCAUGAUAAUAUACCUAGACAUAAUAAUAAUAAUAAUAAUAAUAAUAAUAAUUCUAUUGAUAAUAUCGAAGGGGUUUGUCUAACGACAGAAAUUCAGAGUCAUCCAAGAGAUAAUUUUCUCAACAAUCAUUAUAAAACUGAUCAUCAUUAUCAACAUCAUCAUAAUAAUAAUCAUUUUGACACAAACAUUGUUCCAAGGCAGGCUUAUUCAACAUUUCAGUCGAAAUAUUCACCUAUCACGUCGACACGGUAGUGACAACAACUACAACCGUAGUAACCACUUUAUCCUCUUCACGUAACCCUUCUAGUCGAGAUCAUAAAGCGAAGAGUUUAAAUUAUUAUCAUUCUCAACAUCCUAAAUCAAUCAACAGUCAUUCAGACAAUCCAAGCAAUCAUCAGCAUAACAACAAUAAUAGUAAUAAUAAUAGCAAUAUACAUAGUAAUAUUGAGAAAAAGUGUAAAGUUUGCGGUGAUAGAGCUGUCAAUCAUAAUUUUGGUCAAUUAACCUGUGAAUCAUGUAAAGCCUUUUUCAGACGGAAUGCACAUAAAGGUCUAACCACCUUGAUGGAGACUCAUUUGAUUCGUUCAAAUGACACAUCUAUAAUGCAUGAAUCAAAUCGUACACCACAUAUUAGAUCAAGAGGUUUUGUGGAAUUAACGUGUACUGCUAAAUCUGGAGAGCAUGUGAUCACACCAACAACUCGACGUGAAUGUCCAUCAUGUAGACUAAAACAAUGUUUUCGUGUUGGUAUGAGACCAGAUCUUAUACAGGUUCGUAAAAAAGAUGGUAGUAAACCUCGUUGGCUUGAUAAAGUUCCCAGUGCAGCAAUUGUUCAUGAACAACAUUUACAGUCAUCUGAAUCUUUAGUCUGGUCAACAAAUAACAACAUGAAUAAUCAUAAUCGUAGUGAUUGUGGUAAUAAGAACAAUCUAUCUGAUAAUGGUUCACUAACUUUAAUUCAUCGAACAAAAUAUCGUUUGAACUCAGAUAAAUGUUAUAAAACCAAAGGUAAAGAAUAUAAACUUCUUUUAACUGAGAAUGAUCACAAAGAGAUUGUAAAUAGCAAUAAUAACGAGACUAGCCUAUCAAUUGAUGAUAAUAAUACUAACAUUACUAAGAAUAGUGUAAAUUUUAUACAGAAAUCUACACAUUCUAAACGGUAUAAAUUAAAUUCUAAUGAGAUCGAAAAGUAUACUUCAGAUCAUUAUUACCCUUCUAAUGUUAACACGCAAAUUACUCAUCCACCAUUUCAAGAAUAUGAUACAAAUUUGGUACCUUAUGAACAGUUGAAUAAUUUUUUAAUGCCUUUAUCAUCAUCAUCGUCAGUAUCAUCAUCAUCAUCAUCAUCAUCAUCAUCAGCUUCAUCUAAUGUAUCAGAUAUUGUAAAUGGAUUAUCUAAUUCAAUACUUGAUAAAGAUUUAUCAGUAAAUACUAGUAAUAAUAUAAUGACUACUAACAACAGUAUGAGUAAUAUAAGUAGUUGCAAUAAUAACAUAAUCUGUCCUUCAGGAAUAAAUGUAACAACAAAUUAUUUAUCAAUUGAUGGAGUAUUUCAUAUCAAUGAGUUAAUGUUACCUAAUUCAUAUGGAAAUAAUGAAAAUGAAGUAAAUCUGAUGAAUCCAGAACGACCGAUUCAACUUACUUCUAGUAAUAUGAACAUUCUGUGUAACAGUGAUUGUAUUGAACAUGAUACUAAUGAUAAUAGCUUAAGUUCUACAAUAGUAUCAGUGAUUGAAACAUCUAUAAUGACAAUGACUACAACAACGGGAACAACAAUAAGCAAUAGUAUACACAAUCCCCUUAAUUUACUUUCAAAAAAUCAUCAUGUAGUAAAUUUUAAAUCACAUAGCAUAAAUCACUUAGAUGAUCUUAUUCUAUUAACUGAUUCAACUCAAUUAUUGGAGCAUCAAAGCGUGACUAAUGAAAAGUUAACCACUCAAAUCAUAUCUGCUUUGUCCUUGAUGACACCAUCUACAAUAAGUAAUGAAUUAUCGAUAAAUAAUUUGACUUGUAAACAAAUAAAUGACAGUAUAACCAUUCCAUCAUGUUUAAUGACCAACCAAUCUUCUGUAUGCACAUCAUCCAAUGUAAUAUCAUCUAGUAUGAUAACUGACACUUCACUCCUCUCAAACACUGAUGUAUCUAACAUUUGUCCAGUUAAUUCUACACCGAUCACGUCUAACUGUUUACCUACAGUCUAUGAUCAGUCAUUACUUACAUCAUUAUGGGAUUCUUCAUCUUUACCAUUUGAAAAAAAUGAAGAUACAACAAUACCAAUAUUUUAUUCUGACAAAAGUGAAUGUCAGUUACCUAAUAAUUCAAUUAUUUCAACUAAUCAGCCGGUUCAAAUCAUUCCAUUACAUAAUGAAGACAAAUUGUCAUUUGAUUCACCAAUACAAACUACAAUGAAAUCAUUAUCGGAUGAUUUAUUAACAAACGAAUUACCUUUAUUACCACCAUCAUCUGAAACCACCUUUUUCACUUCAUCAUCAUCGUCAUCAUCAUCAUCAUCAUCAGCAGCAGCAGCAGCAUCAUCAUCGUCACCUUUAUUUGCUUUGUCAGUGUCAAAGGGAACAAAUGAAGCACAAUAUAAUAUAAAUUCAAUGCAUACCAUAUCAUUCGACAACAAUUGUAUCCUACCUGUUGAUUUAAAUAAUGUUAUUCUGUUAGAUGAAGUUAAGCUAGCAAACUCAUUAAGUAAUUACAACAGUAGUUCAAUCGCAAGCAUAGACCACAGGGAUAAUAAUCUUACUCAUAAUAUCAAUUCAACUAUAUUGACUUGUUCUAAUAUCUGUCAAAUUAAAUCAGCGAAUCAUAGUUUACAAAAAACACCUGAAAAGAUCUCCUCUAAUCUGAAUAUUAGUGAAAAUUCAACUGACUGGAAGUUGAACAGUGCUGACAACGAGAUCAGUAGUACAAACGAUACUGUAAAUCCUUCGAGCGUGCUAUCCAAUGGCAGGCUGGGUCGAUUUCUUGAUUUAGAUACCAGGAACACUUGUAUUCCACUGAAUUUAAAUGAUGUGAAUAAAGCUUGGUCAUGUAUGUGGCGCAAUGGACUAUUUCCAAACCCUGAACAGAUUGAUUUAAACUUGGAUACAACCCAGCGACCUCCCCUGAAAUGGUGUCUAACAAUAGCUAACAUCUGGAGUGAUUUAUUUCUACGACGUGUAUCAGUAUUUGCCAUGUCCUUACUAGGCGAUCUUGUACAAGAGGAUUGCAAGAGUAGACGAUCGUUGAAAAACAAGGUGAAAGAAUUGAGUACUUGCACUACAAAUAAUGAAUAUGUUAAUGGAUUCAAUCAGUUUGGUGUAACUUUCCAAGAGGAAUUGGAUUCUCAAAGAAGAGACAAAUACAUAAAUUGUUCGAUAACUGAUUCAAAUGACCCAUUAUUAACAUGGGAUGAUAUGUUAUGGAUAGCAAAGAAUCGAUUCACAGAUUGUGUUCCUGUUCUGCUAAUCAGCUGUUCAUCAUGUACUAAUCGAAAUACGACAUCUUCUAUACCAGAUCAUCAACAUACAACUGAGUUACGAAAGUCAUCUAGUCAAUUACUAAUUAAUGAUAAAUUAUUCGAUUCAAUGAAACCAUCACCGUAUCAAUGUUCAAUUUCAUCAUCUAAUACAUUAAAACAAGAUAAACAGAAUUCAAAAUUAAUUUAUUUUCAAUCAGAAGAUAAUCAUAUUAACAUAUUAGAUUUAACAAAAUUAAGCAAUGCAUUAGGUGAAUUAGGCACUGAAUAUUCAUCACAUACAACUAAUAACGGUUAUAAUAAUAAUAAUAAUAAUAAUGGUUCACCAAUAACCAAUAAUAAGCAGAUAGCCUAUCCAAUUUUAAAAUAUCUAGAUGCUUAUAUAUCUCAGUUAGGUAGCUUUCUAGCUCACCAUCCAGUUUUAUUAGGUGCAUAUAUGGCAUUAAAAUUAACUGAUCCAAUACUUGUGAAAGAUGAAGAAAUUUAUAAUCAACUUCUAGAAGAUCAUAAUGUUAAUGAAGGACAACAACAACAACAACAACAACAGACAAUAUGUUUACAGACUAAUCGAAAUCAACGUCUUCAUCGGUUAUAUUCACAUUUUUUAAAAAUUUUUAAUGAAGCAAUAGAUUAUGUAUCUGAAGAAUCUAUUCAAUUAAAAAUUAAUCAACAAAUAAAUAAAUCAAAUAAUGAUAUAUUAUAUUCAUAUGAAAAAAUUGCUACCAAUUCUAGACGUUCAAUGCUUUCAGAAUUUUUAGAUUGGAGUCGUGAAUUUGAUGCUACAUGGCAUAGUUUUCAAAGUGAUAUUUGGCGCCAAACAACUGCUUAUAAUAAUAAUGGUAAUAAUAUACAUCAAUCUAAUAAAAAAAUUGAAUAUAAAAUUUCUAAAGGUUUAAAUAUUUUAUUUGAUAAAGAUUUAAAAUUUUAUGAUGAUGGUGAAAAUGAUUUAGUACAUCUAUUAUGGGAUGCUAAUAAUGAACUAUCUUUUGAUGCAUAAAGACAAUCAUAAAAAGAGAAAAGAAGAAAACAACAACAAUAAAAUGGGGCAAUUUUCUUUGAUUAUUAUUCUAAUGCCAAAUAUUCACUUCAUCACUUUCCAUUGAAUAAAAUCAAUCUAUCUCUAUGUGCCUGUUUUCUAAUUUCUAAAACAAUGAAAUAUCAUCAUUCAUGUAUGUACAGAUAUAUUUAAUCUUUCAACAUAUUGACAGUAAAAUGAUUAAAAAAAAUAGUUGAUAUAAUUUUUUAGACGUUUAAAUUAUUAUUAGUAUUAUUUUCGAAAGUUAAUUAAUACUUCAACACUGUAUUAAACUCUGCAAUCUAUUAGAAUUAAAUAAGCAAAAAUGGUUAUUUUCAGUUAUAAAGAGAAAACUUAUUUUUCUGUCUUUGUUAUCUUAAUAAUAUCUCAAUCGUAUACAAUCUUAUAUAUAUAUAUAUAUUCAUGAUAAAAUAAGUUAGCCUAUUCUUUAUAGUUCAACAUCGAAUAUCCCGCGCAUUCAAUGUGUUCAAUAUCUUUAUUCACUCAUGUAUGUUUCUUUUUUCAACCAUGUACAUUGAAAACUAUUCAUAAUUUUUUGUUCAUUUAUAUUUCAAUCUUUCAUUUAAAAAUAAAUAGUUAUUAUAUUUUUCGAAUGAAUAUAGUGAUAAAUAAUAAUAACAAUAAUAAUAUUGAUUUAUCUGAAAGACAGAAAUUGUUUUUGCCUACAAACUAUUCAUGAUAGUAAAAAAAAUUACAGUGGCCUUAUUUACUCACAGUAAUAGUGCCUUUGAUAAUUGAAAUAAAGGGGUGGGGGUGGGUAGUGUUAAAAUGUUUUUCUAACUCUACUUUUUGUUAUGCAGAAAAUUUCAUUCUGUUUAUUGGUUGUUGUUCCUGCCAUUUUGCCUUUUCUUCGCAAAUAUAUAUACAUAUAUAUAUGCAAGUUUUUUCCACUGAUGUUUCAUUAUUACUUAAAUUUUUAUUAAGUAGUUGAAUGUUGCUACCGAUAUUUUUUUGGCCAAACAAGGUGACUGGCUAUAUUCUGCUCAUUUCCGGUUUUGUUUCUAUGACUGAUGAAUAAGCAUGUUUAUUUGAUUAUCUUCAGUGUGCUCAAACUUAUUCACCUUUUGUUUGUUUUGAUUCCGCUCAAAUUUACAUCCUUUUUUUCUAUCUAGUAUUCUAUGAAAGUGAAUUUUUUUCUCUGUGUUAUUUAUACACUCAUUUUCUUGUUGAAACUACUGAUAUUUAUAUAUCAGUAGUUAUUAAGUGCCUGCUGUUAUCAUCAUGCAUAUACAUUGAUUGAUGGAAAUCCUUCUUGCAUUUCUCUUCGUUUUAUUUUCUUGUUGUUAUUAUUCAAUGUCAUAUACACCUAUUAUCCUCUUGUUCCCGUUUGUUAUUGUUGUUUGUAGUGGUAGUACUAUUAGUUAAAGUAAUAGUAUUACUGAAUACUUUUCCGAAUUCUAUUUUGAUAAAUUUAUCUGAUUAUAUAAUUCAAAAAAUGUUUUGAAAUAAUACCAAUGAAAAUUAUUUCUAGGUUAUUCUAUGAAUUAUGUACAUUUCAAUCAUUCACUUGACAGAUCACCACUAUUUUUCAUUUUCAUUAUCUACUAUCAUCAUCCUUUGCAUGUGUACACUAUUCAUAGGUUCCUUUAACUUGUAUUCACCUGAUCGUUUUGUUUUCUGAGGUUGAUUUCCAAUUUCUUUUCAUUGUUAUUUUAUUUUUCAGUUUAAAGUUUGAACAGCUUAGACCAUUUACAAAUAGUUUCUUUACUUCAUCUUGAAUUUCCAUCUUUUCUUUUUCUUGUUACCCAGCGGUUUAUUUGAUUAAAAAACCCUCAUUUGCAACAAUAAUAAAUUCUGUGUACAAAUCAAUCGGAAACCACUAUAAUAAACAUAUGAAAUAAAGAAAUUUGCAAUAAAUACUGAAUAUUUGGUUGGUUGUGGCUAGCAGAAGAAUGCAGGACGCGCGUUUCGUCCUACUUGGGACAUGUCAGCUGGAUGUACCUGCACCACAGUUAUGUUGUCCCCAAUGUGACUUCAACCUCGUACCCAUCGCUUCAAACGCCAAGUGGCUUACG